AAUGUACCUUCCUUGUUUGAUUUUAAUGCUGCAAAUUAAUGAUUGCUUUUGCAUAUAUCUUGAUCAUAAGUUUAUGGUUGUGUAUCUUCUGCAUGUGAUGCAAUGAUAGAUCUUUAGACUUCUUCAUAAGUUGUUUCACUUUUUCUUGUUUGUUGAAUUUUGUGAUUAAAGUGUUUGUUGAUGAGAGACUAGAGAUGGAUAGUGUUUCUAAAGCUUUGCACCUUGAUUGAUAGAUAUGAUUCCAUGAGAUUCUGAUAUAAAUUGUAAGUUGUACUGUGAAUUGUUCAAUUUCAUGCACUUGCUCGAGUUUUUGUUAAUUUAAUUGUAUUUUUUUACGAUUUAUGCUUUGAUUUUAGUUGGAGGGGUGAAAAAAUGAUACCAUGAUCAAUACAUGAUAUAGCAUGAUAUAGAUCUUGAGUGUUUGUGUUUCUCAUUAAGCCUCAAGGUUGGGAGAGUUGGUUGCUUGACAUUGUAUGGCGUAGUUCAAGUUCAGAUCAUACUGAUUUGUGAAAAAUUUGUGUGGAAUUCGGAUAAAUGCUUGUAUGUGGUCACUUGGCUUUAUAAUGGUUCUUUUGUCAGGAUAUGUGCUAGUGUGGUUGUUUUAAGUGUUGAAGUGAAAGAAAGAAACUUUUUACGUUGAAGGGGUGAGUCUAAGCGAUGGGGGAAGUUCUGAAGUCAAGUGCAUGAACAAAAGAAUAUAUGGAGGAUGUUUCUCAUGAGGUUGCUGUUCCGUUGAGAUUGAGCCAUAUAAUUUGUGAAGAGUUUGAUCUAAUAGCUAGCAUAGCAAGUCUAUUCUCGGAGCCUAAGUUUAUCAAAUUGCCUUUUGUCGCUAUUGCUAGUGAAAGUAUUUGCUACAAUUAUAACAACCACAAGACUGGAAUCUGUGCAAGGGCCAAAUCUACUAGAGAAAUGAAGGAAGAAGAUACUCUUUUGAAUGUUAUGAAAGCGGAGAUGCACAGUGCUAAUAUCUUGACUUCUAGUAAUACAAUCAAGAAGGAGAACAGUUACUCUCAAUCUUUAGUCAGCUUAACUGAUGGAAUCUGUACUGAGCAAUAUGAAGAUUUAAGGACGAAUACCAAAACAGAUGAACUAAUUACCAGUGAUAUUAGGAAGAGUAUUGGCAGUCCUCAGAUCAGUGAGAAGCCUGAUUUCUUGGAUUCUGACAACAGCUCAGAAAUUGUAGUUGAUCUUGUUGUUGCCGUAAAUGAGGAUGUGGAACUGGGCGGGCCUAAGAAGAGACCAUCUACUGUAAAUCUCGAGGGUGUAAAAGAAAAGAAGAUGAAUACUUCUCUUGAAGAUCUCGUUGUUGCUGUAAGUAGCGUGGAUGUGGAAAUUGAUGGUCUUAAUCAGAAAAGUGAAAUUGGCGGGCUCAAUCAGAAAAAAGCCACCGUACUUCUUGAUGGCAUAAAGGUAGAGAAGAACAUGAGUACUGGGGACACUGCUGUUACAGUGAAUAAUGUGGAUAUGGAAUCUGAUGGUUCCAAGCAGAUACUGUCAACCACCCAUCCUUCAAAUGUUCAAAAAAACACAAAGAAGUCUAUAGGGAAGCCUAAGCUAUUCAAUUUUGUGCCUAACUGGGGACUCACAUCUCUGCAAGGAGGAAGGUCUGAAAUGGAAGAUGCUGUUGUUGCUAUACCGAACUUUCUUGAAAUUCCAACUCCAGUGCUAACCUUAAUUUCAAAUGAGCUCAAUCAAACUUUAAGUCAUUCAACUGCUCAUUUCUUUGGGGUUUAUGAUGGACAUGGAGGCUCCCAGGUUGCUGAUUACUGUCGGGAUCGUAUACAUCUGGCUUUGGCUGAGGAGUUUGAACUUGUGAAAGAGCAUUUACACAUUGAAAGUGUUGCGAAUAAUUGGCAGGAGCAAUUGGAGAAUGCAUUUUUGAGAUGUUUCAGGAGAGUUGACAUGGAGGUUGCAGGAGUAGAUCCAGGCAAUGCUAAUGGAGAGGAACGUAAUUUGGAACCUAUCGCUUCUGAUGCUGUUGGCUCUACAGCUGUUGUUACUUUAAUUUGUUCAACCCAUAUAAUGGUUGCCAAUUGUGGUGACUCGAGGGCUGUUCUUUGUCGGGGGAAAGAAUCUCUAGCGUUGUCAUUAGAUCAUAAACCUGGUCGACAUGAUGAGCGUAAAAGGAUAGAAGCUGCAGGUGGCAUGGUUAUUUAUUGGGACGAGUUGCGUGUUUCAGGCGUGCUUGCAAUGUCAAGGUCCAUUGGUGAUCGAUAUCUGGCACCUUAUGUUAUAUCUGACCCUGAAAUGAUGUUUGUUCCCCGAACAAAAGAAGAUGAGUGUCUGAUCCUUGCCACUGAUGGUCUGUGGGACGUGGUGAAGAACGAGGAGGCAUGUGAUCUGGCACGAAAGAGGAUCCACCUUUGGCACAAAAGGAAUGGCUCCAUGCUAACUUCAAGCGGUGAAGUAAGUGGUUCUGCUGCUCAAGACGCUGCAAGCUUCCUCUCUCAACUUGCUCUUCAAAGGGGAAGCAAAGAUAACAUCUCCGUGAUUGUCGUUGACCUGAAAGCUCAGAGAAAGUUCAAGAAGAAAACUGAACCGGCAAAUGAGUAAUCUUUUCUCUUGGUAGAUAAAACAUGAACUUCUAGUCACAGACAUGUCUGUUUACAAAGUUAGGAUUAUCUUUCGCUCUUAAUUGCAUUUUAUGCAUGAUUAACUAGUAACUACCUUUUAAUAUUAUAGACACAAAAGUCUCCCAUGAAGUGUCAACAAAGAUGCUUCAGAUUUGGAGAAAGUUAAAUCAGUGGCUUGCUCUGAUUGAGCACUUUUAAGCU